AUGGCACCAUCUGACAUAGGCGAAUGCCAGUGUUCCAAUGAUUUCUUUGGUGCCGAUUGCUCCUUGGACGAGGCAGCUCAGACGGCUAAGCUGAUGAACGCAACUGAUGGUCAAACGGUCGUUCAUAGGACUACGGUGAUUCAUACGCAGCCUACUGUGGUGCGUCGUACUGUUGUUCACAGGACUACCAUCGUUCACCAUCAGGCCCCUGUGGUUGCUCCCGUCGUUGCCCCUAUUCCUGUAGUUAUCCCUCCACCCUCACCCUCAGUCGUAAUUGAGCAACCGAAUCCCUAUCCUGCCGUUGGUGGCACUACAAGUAUGGUCAUCAUUCACCAUACGCCAUGGUAUGCCCAUUGGUAUACUAUACUCGUUAUGGUGCUACUGAUCGUCCUCCUUGCCAUCCUCAUCUACUUCCUUUGUUGUACUGAGACCACCGAUGACGAAGUUGUGGAUGUUUACAGUCCGGUCGAGGAUACCACUACAGUCACCACCACGACUACGUAUGUGACACAGAGUGCUCCUGCUAAUCAACAAGCCAUAGUGGUUCAUCAAUAG